AUCCGUGUAAGUAGAAAAAGAGGCGGGGGAGGAAAAUAAAAAAAAGCAAGCCAAGAAACGCAGCAGCAGUGGAAGUGGAGAGUAAAGCUCAGCCAGAAAUAACUAAUAAGACAUUCACUCUGAGACGGGCGGCCAUCCGGCCCGGACGAACGCGCUGUCUACAGCGCAAGAUUUUGGUUAUCAGAAGUCAACCGAUAGCCGGGGCCCUCUAGAUAGGGCCCCCGACCGACACUUACCGCCGUUAGGCGGAUUUAGCGGAGGGGAGUAUGGAGCAGUUCGAGCAGCUGCUAACAUGCGCAAUCUGCUUGGACCGCUACAGGAAUCCCAAGCUACUGCCAUGCCAGCACAGCUUCUGCAUGGAACCCUGUAUGGACGGGCUCGUCGAUUAUGUACGUCGACAAGUCAAGUGUCCGGAAUGCAGGGCCGAGCAUCGUAUUCCUUACCAGGGCGUGCAGGCUUACCCGACCAACGUCACACUCCAACGGUUCCUCGACUUACACAUCGAGAUUACCGGCGAAUUGCCAGAUCCUACGAGCGGACAAAUAAUGGAACGUUGCAGCGUCUGUUCGGAAAAGAGUUAUUGCAAUCUGUGCGCCCAUUGUGAGAAAAAGUGCUGCCCCGAAUGCAAGGAGGAACACUUGAAGAUUCUCAGAAAGAAUAUUUGUAGCGUUAAUUCACAGGUACGAAGGGCACUGCAUAGAUUGCAAGAGACGCUGUCGCAAGUAGAAAAGAACACCUUAGCGCUGCAGACGAAUGCGGCAGCAGUGAGCGAAGAGGUUGACGAAAUUUACAGGCGGUUGAACAAAGCUUUGAAAGACCGUACAGAAUUUUUACGUAACGAAGUCGACCGUUACCUCAGCACUGAACUAAAAGGCCUUAUACAUCUGAAGGAAAAUCUCGAGCAAGAAAUCGCUAACAUUCAAAGUAACUGUGAUCUCGCUGAUGCGCAUAUUAAUGAGAAUGUGCCCUGGGAUGACAAUGAGCUUCUUGACACCAAAGAAUUGUUUCUUCGUACCCUCGAAUUCAUCAGAAACUUCGAGUACGAAGCCGGCGACUACAGUCGUCGAAUGCGUUUCGUGAUGACUCACGAGCCAAACCAAUUGGUGUUACACGUGGCCGGCUACGGGGAAUUGAACAUCAAGCCCGAUCCAGCUGGCGCCAAUCCGUUGCUCACAAGCUCGAGUAGCUUGGCAGUGCCGGGCGGCUCGCCGGCGGGGCUCAUGCGCAGCAAGAGCGACCAUCGACUUGCCUCGCAGUACCGACAGCAGGACGACGACCGCACCCAUGCUAGAAACCGAUACGUGCCCGACUACGAGUACGACACCCCGGACUACGAGGCGCCUCGGUCGCGGUCGCGCUACCGGUCGCGCUUUAUGCGCAAUCGGGACGGCGAGGACUCGGACGGCGACCAGCGCUCGUCGGGAGUACGUUUCACGGCUCAAGAUCCAACGGGGGCCUACCAUCUGAGGGCAGAACGCGAACGAGUACUCGAUACAGACGACGCAUCGAGAGGGCCAUUGUCGGGCAUUUACCGGCUCACCGACUCGCCGCGCGUCAUCAAGAAACUAACCGAGUGCGAGCGACAAGGCAAACGCAAGAAGGACGAUCCUCAGCAACCACAGCAGCAGCAGCAGCAGCAGCAACAGCAGCCAAAACCUCAGGUGCAGCCACAGAGGAAGCAACAGCAGCCGGCGGUCGGUCGUCAGGUCAGCGAGGACGACGAGAUCUCGCGAAUCAAGAAGCAAAACAAAAGCGCCCAGCCAACGCAGCAGCAGCCGCAAGUACAACAGCAACAGCAGCUAGUCCCGUCACCCGUAGCAGCCAUCUCACCCGUCCAAGAGACCGUCGAGGAAAGACCACCUCAGUCCCUAACAGCAAAUCAAAGGGAUAAUAUCCGUGAUCACGAGCAACACGAGGAUUCUGCCCGGAAUCAGUCCAUUGCUAGUCGAAGAACAUCGUCAGACGUCCACGGGCCAAGCGGCCGAAGUACAUCCUCGGAGUCAAGCACGGGCUCGGAGAGCUCGACCGGCUCGGGGAUCCGCAGCACUGGAGCUCCUUUUACCACCGAGGAAAUGAAACAGAAGUACCUGUCAAGAGCACCUCAGACAAACACAACCCACACAUCCACUGUUGCCUCGAGUGCGUUGCCCUCGUCAAAUCGUGAUUCGGCCAUUACUACCGGCUCGCCAAGACCCUUUCAGAGCCGUUUUUUAGGCGGGGGUAGCCGCGCGGCGCCGCCACCACCCCAACCGAGCCGCGAGCCAGAGCCGAAAGCGAGCAGUAUCGCGGUGGCAAAGAAAGACGAGGAAGUAGACGAGGACGAGACAACAAGCUCGUCCGAGGAAACCGAUUCCGAAACGGAAGAGGAAUCCGAGCCCGAGCCAGCGUCUCACCCUACAACCACUCCGAUGGCUAACCAACAACGUAACGAGUCGGCGAUGGCGAGGACCGACAUUGGACCACUUCUUGCCCGAAGUGCCGAGGCCAGACGGGGCAGCAAGGAGGAUUCGCCCAGCACGAGAUAUGGAACAUCAAGAGGAAGCCCUGCGCAAUCUGUAACAUCGCCAACAAGUACUACGGCAGGAAGCACAACGGGAUCGAGUUCCCCAGGCGGUUACACGAGCAGGUUUCUCAACAAGAGUCGGAGUCAGGCAGCCGUGGGCACAAGCAGCAGCAACAACAGCAACAGCAGCAGCACAGGGAGCAACAGCAAUGUCAGUCCAAGCAGCAACUACCAUCACCAGGCACCAGAGCCCUUGGACCUGAGUGCAAGCAACAAUCAAGACAGUUCGUCAUCGCUGAUGUCCCCGCGUGCGCGCUACGCGGCGCUGAAGGAGCGCCGUCAAAAACUGGCGAGAUCGCGCAGCAGCCAUCAGUUCGGUGGCGAGGACAUGGACAUCGAGGAGGAUCCACCGUCGCCUACGACCCAAUCACCCAACGCUUAUCUAGCGGCGAAGUACGGUGCGAGCUCCGACUUGGCCAGGAGCCGAAGCACUCAUGCGUUGAAGUCCAGGGAACCAAGCCCAGAUCGCGAGCGUCCAGGCGCCGAGAAAGACGGCGCCGCGCUCAGCUCGUGGGCCAGAUACCUCAAAAACAAGUACGGUAAUCGCACCUCCAAGGACAAAGAGCCGCCCUCCUCGGCCUCCUCUGCUUUACCCUCUACCAGACGCUUGGAAGAGAAACUUAAUGCUGUAGCUAAUUCAUUGAAAGAAAACAAGUAUCGCGUGGGCGGACGACUGGGAGAUAAAAUCAACUCCGUAUCUAAUACAUUGAACGAUAGCAAGUAUCGCGUGGGCAGCGGUGGCGCAAGUUCAGCCUCGCGAAGACUGUCUCUGGGCCUGCCAUUGAGACACACAGGCCAAGCCUCCUUUGAAUCUUCUGACGACGAUCAAAAAAACCCGUCAGGCUCCCCCACGUCCCCUAUAGCAGCUCCCGCUAUACCCGCGGCAGCAGGUUCCUCCACUAGGGGGCAAUACUUGCUAAAGCGGCGGCAGCUGUUUAAGUUUGGGAUGCGGGGGAGCGAAGCCGGAUGCUUCACAUGGCCAAGAGGCCUGGCCGUCGGCCCCGACAACUCAAUCGUCGUGGCCGACAGCUCUAACCAUCGCGUUCAAGUGUUCGACGGCAACGGAAACUUUAUAAGAGAGUUCGGUACAUACGGCAACGGCGAAGGAGAAUUCGACUGCCUCGCCGGAGUGGCAGUCAAUCGUAUCGGCCAGUUCAUCAUUGCCGAUCGCUACAAUCAUCGUAUCCAAGUUUUCGAUCCAUCAGGUCGUUUCCUUCGUGCUUUCGGUUAUCAAGGCACAGCCGACGGUAGAUUCAAUUAUCCAUGGGGUAUAACCACUGAUGCUCUGGGUUUUAUUUAUGUCUGCGAUAAAGAAAAUCAUCGUGUCCAAGUCUUUCAAUCAGAUGGCACCUUCGUUGGAAAAUUCGGUAGCUGUGGUUCUGGGCGCGGACAACUUGAACAUCCACAUUACAUCGCUGUUAGCAGCACCAACAGAGUCAUCGUCAGCGACAGUAAUAAUCACAGGAUUCAGAUUUUCGAUGUCAAUGGAAGAGUACUGACUGCGUUCGGAGGUGAAGGUUCAGACGAUGGACAAUUCAAGUUUCCAAGAGGAGUCGCUGUCGAUGAUCAAGGAUUCAUCAUUGUUGCAGAUUCAGGAAAUAAUAGAAUUCAGAUAUUCACUCCAGAGGGUGUGUUUUUGAAAGCCUUUGGAAAUUGGGGUUGUGGUGAUGGCGAAUUUAAAGGUUUGGAAGGUGUUGCCGUGACAUCCGCAAGCAAUAUCAUCGUUUGCGACAGAGAGAACCAUCGGGUACAAGUUUUCUGACAUUCGUGCGACACCGACUAUUGUGCCAUAUUGUUCAAGAUACUAUUCUGGAUGACGAUCUUUCUAAUCACGCUCUUAACAUUUUUCCUUACCGGAUUCUUUUAUCGUCAUCAGCGCUAUUCUUAUCUAUUUUUUGACUUCCAAGGGAGGCCUAUAGUCGAAUACUUUGGUCUUUGAUGACUUCGUGUGUCUUUUCUAUUAUGAAAAAUUUGUUAAUUCAGUUUGUGUUUUAUAAAAUUUUUUACUAGUUAAUCGGAGUGAGAGAUUUUAAAUUUUCGGAAUUUUUGCUGACUAAUAUUAUACAUUAUGACUUUGACUGUAGACCUUCCUUUCGUCUUUUGAGAUUAUCUAUUUGAGCUACUUAAAAAAUGAAGAGUAAAACUGAAGGAGGCAUUUUUUAGAUCAGGUUUUUUUUCUUUUUUAUUUUUUAAAUAUGGAAAAUCAGUUUUCCUCGUUCUUUCUUUUCAAGUUUAUAACCUUUUAUUAUAUUAUUAUCAAGUGGAAGAUUCGGAAUGAGAGGAAUUGCCUGUUGUGAUGUGCGCAAUUACGUGAAACACGACGAUAAUAACGUGAACACAUAAAUAACUUAAUUUAAUUUGUACUUGAAGAAUGACGAUACAUAGUUUGUACUGUUUGUAUGCUUUAAAUAAAUUGUUGCGGA